AUGAGCUUCAAAAGAUUUUUUACAAGUGAUAACGAGCAAGAACUUGAGAAUUUAAAGCAAGAAUUUAUGGAUUAUAAGAAAAUCACUGAGGAUUAUCAAAAAGAACUAGAAGAUGAGCUAGUUUACUGUGAUUUUGUCAAUAUAAAUUUGCAAAAUAAAAUAAGCGUGUUGGAGCAAGAGUAUAGCUCACUAGUCUCUCUUGCGAAUUUUCACUUAUCAGGUGCUUUUAGAUCCAAUGAUACACUUACAAAUGAGCUAGAAGCUUGUAGAAAUGAGUUAAAAAUUCUUAAAAAUGAAAACAAGGCUCUAAAGCAUAAUUUUUUAGAUGCAAUUUUGAUGAAUAAUUCAUCAGGCAAUGAAAAAUUGAAAAGAAAAAAUCCUUUUGUGAGUGAAAUUAUAUUCAAAAGACCAAGACUAAGAAAACCUUAUGUAAACAAUUUUUAA